AUGGUGAUUCCCGGUGAUCGCGGCCGGACCGGGACCGGACACCGGGACCACCCGGACCGGACACCCGGACCGGACACCGGGAUCACCCGGACCGGACACCGGGACCGGACACCGGGAUCACCCGGGCCGGACCGGGACUGGACACCAGGAUCACCCGGACCGGACACCGGGAUCACCCAGACCGGACACCCGGACCGGACACCGGGACCGGACACCGGGACCACCCGGACCGGACACCGGGAUCACCCAGACCGGACACUGGGACCGGACACCGGGAUCACCCGGACCGGACACCAGGAUCACCCGGACCGGACACCGGGACCACCGGGACCCCCGGACCGGGCUCCGAGCUCCGGCUCCGAGCACCGGGGACCCCCGGGAGUCCCCCCAGGAGCCCGGAAUGUUCCCCCGGCCCCACGGGCCGUGACGCCCCUGGGGACAUCCCCGCUGCCACCCGAUGUCACCGUGUGGGACGUGUCCCAGUUCUCGCUGGUGGACGGACACCUGGUGCCACUGGGCAGGGACGAGGAGGGCUCGUGGCAGAGCAGGACCCGCACCGGGAGUGCCACCUCCGAGGCCACCAAGCUGUCCCCAACGGGCAGGAGGGACCCGGACCAGGUCGCGAGGAGCCCCGAAAAUGAGACCCCCCCGAGCUCCCAGUUCGGCAACGUCAAGGGGCUGCUGUGGAAGAGGCUCCUCCGGGACAGGAGAAGUCGCGGUGGCACCAAAAGCGACGCGGUGGUGGCGGCCCCGGAGGGUGACAGGGUCCCCAGCCGCAGCGGUUCCCGCGAGUCCCUGCUGCCACCGCCCGAGCUGGACCUGACCGGGGACAACGUCAUCGUGCGGCCGGUGCACGGCAGCGUGGUGGGGGAGAGGUUCUGCUUCCAGGUGAUCACGGCCGAGGGCAGCCGCUCCUUCGGCUGCUCCUCCCUGGCCGAGCGCGACCGCUGGAUCGAGGAGCUGCGCCGGACAGCCCAGCCCAACAAGGACAACUGCGAGCGCCUGGAGCUGGCUCUGACCCUUUGGGUCUACGAGGGCCGGGACCUCCCCCCCGGCCGCCGCCUCCGCUGCCACCUCCAGCUGGACGGCGCCGUCUUCGCCCGCACCACGGCCAAACCGCCCGGCGCCGACGGCCGGCUCUUCUGGGGCGAGCUCUUCCAGCUGGCCGCGCUGCCCCCGGCGCGCGCCCUCACCGUCGCCCUGUGCCGCGACGACCCCGCCGGCCGGCCCGGCGGCGGCGGCGAGCGGGCGCCGGCGGUGCGGCUGCGCGGGCGCUACCGCCAGGUGCGGGUGUUGCCCAUCGUGCGCUACAAGGAGCUGGCGGAGUUCGUCACCUUCCACUACCGGGAGCUGUGCGGCCGCCUGGAGCCGGCCAUCGCCGCGCGGCACAAGGAGGAGCUGGCCGGAGCGUUGGUGCGCGUCCUGCAGAGCACCGGCAAGGCCAAGUCGUUCCUGAUUGACCUGGGCGUGGCCGAGCUCGACCGCUUCCAUGACCACGAGGCCCUGAUCUUCCGCGAGAACACCUUGGCCACCAAGGCCAUCGACGAGUACAUGAAGCUGGUGGGGGCCAAGUACCUGCAGGACACGCUGGGGGAGGUGGUGGCCCAGCUCUGCAGCUCCGAGGAGAGCUCCGAGGUGGACCCCAGCAGGUGCUUGGGACAGCUGGACCUGUCGGAGCACCAGCAGCACCUGCGGCAGCUCUGCGAGGAGACCCUGCGGCGCAUCACCGACGGCUCCGAGUCCUUCCCGGCCGAGCUGGCCGAGGUGUUCUCGGCGUGGCGCCGGGAGUGCGCGGCGCGGGCCAAGGCGGCCAUCGGCCAGCGCCUGGUGUCGGCCUCGCUCUUCCUGAGGUUCCUGUGCCCGGCCAUCAUGUCCCCGAGCCUCUUCGGCCUGGUCCACGAGUACCCGGCCGAGGCCACCGCCCGCACCCUCACGCUGGUGGCCAAGGUCAUCCAGAACUUGGCCAACUUCACCACGUUUGGCGAGAAGGAACCCUACAUGACCUUCAUGAACGAGUUCCUGGAGCAGAACUGGGCCACCAUGAGCGAGUUCCUGCAGGCCGUGGCCACCCCCGAGGCCAGCGCCCACAUGGCCACCUACAACGGCUGCGUGGACCUGGCCCUGGAGCUCGCCACGCUCCACCUGCUGCUCUGUGACAUCUUCUCCAGCCUCGAGCAGGCCACGCAGGAGGAGCUGGAGCCACUGCCCACCAUCCUCAGGGCCAUCAGGGAGGGGACACCGGUCCCCGUGUCCGUGCGCCUCAGCUCCAGCGCCAGGAGGAGCCCCUCGGAGCCCCCCAAGCCGGGUUUUGUCCCCCCGCGGGACCUGGGCAAGCACAGCCCCCUCAUCAAGAGCCAGUCCCUGACCAGCGUCCGGCGCGUGCGGGGCCGCGAGGAGGGGACAGAGCCGGAGCCAUCCCCGGAGCCACCCCCGGAGCCAUCCCCGGUACCGGUACCGGCCCCGGUUCCGCUCCGGCACCGCCGGAACGUGCAGCGGACCCAGAGCGUCCCGGCACAGGGCAAGGCCAGCCGCGCUCCGGCCACUGCGGCCACCGCCGGCCACGCGCCCGAGGGGACACCGGGGGACGGAGCGGGGUCAGCGGGGCCCGGGGAUGGCCCGCCCCGGGGGAAGCUCCGCUCGUCGGCGUCGCUGCCCCGCAAAUCCUCGGUGCCGUGGCAGCGCCUGGCCGAGGACGCGGCGGCCCCGGGCGAGCUCUACGCGCUGCGGCCGCUUGAGAAGCACGGGCGGCUCCUGGAGGCGCUGCGGGAGGAGCUGGCGGAGCUGCGGGAGCGCCUGGAGCGGGCGGAGGCGCGGGCGGCUCGGGCCGAGGAGCAGCACCGGGAGCGCCUGGAGCGGCUCCGGGGGCAGCUGGACGAGGGCAACGCCCGAGCCGCCAACCUGGCGGCCAGGCUGACGGCGGCCGAAGGGACCCGGAGGAAGGACCUGGAGCGGCUGAAAACCAGUGAGGAGAAGGGCCGGGAACUGGAGCGGCGGCUCUCGGGGCUGGAGCGGGAGCUGCGCAGGACUUGGGGACAUCCCCGCGCUGUCCCCGUGUCCCCAAGGGGCUGCGACGAGCCCGGCGACGACGCCCAGGCCACCAGCGUGUGACGCGGCAUGUCGCCGAGAUGUCGCGACAUGUCGUCGAGGCAAUAAACCAUGGCGUUGUCACCGAG